CACAACACAGCACAGCCGUUCAUCCUCCAACGCGGCUCGGACGCAAACCACCAGAGAUCGUUUGGAUAAUAUCAGAAUAUUUGCUGUGGAACAUUUUUUAUUAUUAUUGCAGUUGUUUCGAGCUCCUGCGUGGAAAGCUCGGAGUCGCCGGGAGCACACUCAUGCCAGACCAGGCAGGGGUAGAAGGAGUAUAAACACACUUUAACCGGGUCGGCGUGGAGGAGGAGAGCGUCACGUUCAGCUGGUGGAGCAACGAGCACAAACUCAGGGAUAUGUCCAGUAACACCGGGAGAGGUCAUGGGGGUCUUAACCAACUAGGUGGAAUGUUUGUUAAUGGACGCCCGCUUCCGGAGGUGAUCCGGCAACGCAUUGUGGACAUGGCCCAUCAGGGGGUUCGGCCUUGUGACAUCUCCCGGCAGCUUCGAGUCAGCCACGGCUGCGUCAGCAAGAUCCUGGGACGCUACUAUGAGACGGGCAGCAUCAAGCCUGGUGUGAUUGGCGGCUCCAAGCCCAAAGUGGCCACUCCUAAGGUUGUGGAGAAGAUCGCUGAGUACAAGAGGCAGAAUCCCACCAUGUUCGCCUGGGAAAUCAGAGACCGGCUGCUGGCGGAGGGAGUGUGUGACAGUGACACGGUGCCCAGCGUGAGCUCCAUUAACAGAAUAAUCCGAACGAAGGUCCAGCAGCCAUUUAACCUUCCUCUGGAUGGAAAAGGCCUGAGUCCAGGGCAAACUUUGAUCCCCAGUUCUGCGGUCACCCCUCCAGAAUCCCCGCAGUCGGACUCUCUGGGUUCAACUUACUCCAUCAGCGGCUUGCUGGGUAUUCCUCAACCCAACGGCGAGGGCAAAAGGAGCCACGAUGACAGUGAUCAGGAGAGCUGUCGGCACAGCGUGGACUCUCAGGGCAGCGGAGGCAUCCCGAGGAAACAGAUGAGAGUGGAUCACUUCCCCACAGCCUCACAACAUCUGGACUGCGGCUUCGAUCGUCAUCACUAUCCUCCGGACUCAUUCGGAUCAGCAGCAAACAGCAAAACCGAGCAGACUCUAUACCCGCUUUCCCUCAUCAACGGUAGCCUAGACGAAGCCAAGACCAGCCUCUCAUCAUCCAGCUCUGCCAUUGGACGAAAUCUGUCGGCACACCAGAGCUACACCAUGGUGACUGGUGAGACUCUUAAUGCUGGAUUAUGCUCUUUGACCUCCAUUAACCACAGGGCCCAGGACCCUCCACAUGCUGCCGCUCACUCUUUGUUCAGUUUUGGCAUUUCACACAGUUCUUUUGGUCCUGCGUGUUUUUUCUUUUUUCACUUCCACCCAUGUUCACCAUUUGUUUUUGCUUUGUUUUGUUUUUUUAUUUCCUUACCCACGCGCUGCACACUGGCUCUCACCACCUCAGAGCCCGUACAGACCCUGCCACUUUGUCUAAAACAGGAAAUGUCCCCAGAAGUGACCAGCACAAGCCCCUCCCCAAACAUGGCAGCCUGUAGCCUGGCGUUUGUGGAGCUGCAGGCGCUGCAGAAACCCAUUUCUGUCAGCAGCAGCAGCUGCAGCGGCAGCAGCAGCUCCAACCAUUUCCCCAACGCAUUCAACUCAUUCUCCCAUCAUGCACCAGUGUACGGGCAGUUCAGCAGUCAGUCUGUCAUCUCAGGGCGCGACAUGGUGAGCUCCACCCUUCCUGGCUACCCACCUCACAUCCCCUCCCCUGCUCAGACGGGAUACUCUUCCUCUGCAAUCACGGGAAUGGUAGCAGCAGGUGCAGAUUACUCGGGUCAGUCCUACAGCCACUCGCCCUACACCUCGUACAGCGAAGCCUGGAGGUUCACCAACUCCAGCUUACUGGGCUCGCCCUAUUACUACAGCUCGGCCUCCCGCACGGGCCCACCAUCUGCAGCCGCCUACGACCACCUCUAGUCCUCGCUGGUCGCCUCAGUCCUGAUGAGCCUCCACGCCACGGUAAAGACUGGAGACCUUACCAUCAGCUGAUCUGAUGUGGACCGAGACACGCAGCUCUAAACUGGAUGUGAACUCGAGACUUCUACUGAUGACCCAGCAACACAUUUUUUCUCUCCUUCUCGUCCUCUCACGGUCAUCCUAAGCCUGCUCCUGUAUUUAUUUGCAGUCACAGACACCGUUUCCCAGGGUAGCUGUGACUCAUGCACGUUUACACAUUGCUAACCACGACCUCCUCCAGGGCUCGUUUCCACAGACUCCACGGGUGCAUAUUUUCAGUAUGAAUCUAUUCAGCGCUUUUUCGGCCAAAGACUGUUUUCUUUCUUCUUCUUCUUUUUUUUCCUGGCACAUCUGCAACUUGACUCCACUGAUCCAGUGAAUAAGGGAUAUGCAACUUCUUUGUACUGAACUAUGCCUGCUUUGUUUACAACCUUUAUUUUUUUUUCUUUGUUUUUAAGAAGAAGGAAAAAAACUGAAUCCUAUCCUAUCACCACAAAUCAAUUUCCAUUCUCGAUCUACUUGUAUGCUUGCCUGCAAAUUCAGUUUGUGAUUAUUAUUAUUUUAUUUUUUGUUACUGUAAAUUCAGAUUUUUCUGUUGGGGGAAAAAAAUCACAGUUACAGAAGAAAAGCCUCCAUAUGCCCCUCAAAGACAAUUACAUAUCUGUCCAGCAAUAUGUACAUAAUGUAAAUGAAGAAUUACUUUAUGGGGGAAGUGAUGCAGUUUCACUGAGAGGGGAGGGGGUGAUGAUGAUUUGGCCACUAAAAACCAACAAGGCUUGAAAUACGUUUGUUUUUGCUUCAGUUAAAUUGAGUUUGUUGUCAUGCUGAUGUUCUGAUGUUUGGUAAAAACUGUGACUAUUUUUUCUUAUACUGUUAUUAAUAUUAUUGCAGAUGUACAUAAUGAAUUUCUAAAGAAUUAUUUUAAUUAAAGCAUGACAAAUUUAUGUGCUUUUUCCCUUUUUGCUUUCUCAAUUCUCCAGUGCUAAAUACAUCAGGGACA